AUGUCGUCUUCAGCGACGCCUACACCGUCGCUGGAACAAAUGUAUCGUCGUCGGCCGUCAUUUGAUCGGCCACCAAUUCGAGCACUUAGCUCACCUCGCCUUACAGCAGAAGAAGCUGACCAACUUACCAGUCCUUUUCUGAACUAUUCGACUAGAUACACUUACGCGUUCAGUCAAGCCUAUAAUCCUGAUAAACCACCUGCAUGGGAAGUACCGAAUCUUAUCAACAACAACACGCUUACUGUUGCAAGUCCCGACUGUGAGCCUUAUCACUAUUCCGCGCCAAGCAUGAUGCGCAAGGUAUGA